AAUCAAUAUCACGCAGUAAAAUACAAUAUUAAACAAUAAAAGUUCAAUCAAUAAUGGAAGCUUAAUGCAAGAUAAUUAAUAUUCCAUUGAACUUUAACAUCAAUAGGAAUAAAAUACAUUAUAUCGACAUAGAUCAAUCAUUCUUAUGAUUGUAUCCGAAUUUUAUAUUUUCGUAUUUCCUUUCUAUCGGAGAAUUUACUAUUAUUUCUAUAAAAUUUCGGUUCAGUGAUCAUGGGAAUCCUAACUCGACAAAAAACAGAAAAUCAAAACUCUGCAAGACAGACAAUUGCAACUAAUGUAAGUUCACAAGCUCAUCAUGUGUCUAGAGCGAAACGCGGCCAAGCUGUUGGUACUGUUCGCGGUUUUCGUGGAUGUACUAUAUGGAUGACUGGACUUUCUGGAGCUGGAAAGACUUCGAUAUCGUUCAAGUUAGAAGAAUUUCUUGUAUCCCAGGUUUCAGUAAAGAGGAUCGGGAAGAAAAUGUCCGACGAGUGGCCGAAGUGGCUAAGUUAUUUGCCGAUGGAGGUGUAAUCACUUUAUGUAGCUUCGUUUCACCCUUCGAGGAGGACAGAAGAAUGGCUCGAAAAAUUCACGAAGAUUCGGAACUGCCCUUCUUCGAGAUAUUCGUUAACGCGUCAUUGAAGAUCUGUGAGGCACGAGACGUAAAGGGUCUUUACAAGAAAGCUAGAUCUGGUAUCAUCAAGGCUUUUACCGGUAUCGAUCAAAAGUAUGAAAUACCUAUUAAGCCUGAUCUCGUUGUUAAUACGGAAAAUGCUACGGUAGAGGAAUCUACGGCGAGGGUCAUUGAAUUUCUCGAAAAUCGUAAUAUCAUACCAAAGAUGUACGGAUUAGGAAGAUCUGUUCAUGAAUUAUUUGUUCCUGAAUCGAUGAUCGAGAAUGUUCAAAAGGAGGCAGAAAAUUUACAAGCGAUCGAAAUCAACGAAGUAGAUCUUCAAUGGAUUCAAGUUCUUGCUGAAGGUUGGGCGGCUCCGCUUAAAGGAUUCAUGAAGGAGAAACAAUAUUUACAAUCUCAAUAUUUCAACUGUUUAACGGAAAAUGGCGUACAGAUCAAUCAAUCGAUCCCAAUAGUUCUUGCUAUUAGCGUUGACGACAAGGAACGUUGUCAAAAUGUUAAAUCUUUGACACUGAAAUACAAUGGAAGAAAUCUGGCAAUUCUUAGAAAUCCGGAAUUUUAUUUUCAUCGGAAGGAAGAACGUUGUUCGAAGAUAUUUGGCACGAAUGAUAUCGGUCAUCCUUAUAUAAAAAUGAUAUAUGAAUCCGGUGAUUGGUUGGUCGGUGGUGAACUCGAGGUAAUUGAAAAAAUACGAUGGAACGAUGGUCUCGAUGAAUAUAGAUUGACUCCUAACGAGAUCAGAGAAAAGUGUCGUGAAAUGGGAGCAGAUGCGGUAUUCGCUUUUCAACUUCGAAAUCCUAUACACAAUGGACAUGCUCUUCUAAUGCAGGAUACAAGAAAACGUUUGCUCGAACGUGGUUAUCGUAAACCUGUUCUUCUUUUACAUCCUCUGGGUGGGUGGACAAAAGACGACGAUGUACCUUUAGCAGUCAGAAUAAAACAACAUCAAGCUGUCCUCGAAGAUGAUGUCUUACACGAGGAUACGAUUUUAGCUAUAUUCCCUAGUCCCAUGUCUUAUGCCGGACCAACAGAAGUACAAUGGCAUGCCAAAGGUAGACUAAUAGCCGGUGCUAACUUUUAUAUCGUUGGCAGAGAUCCUGCCGGUAUACCACAUCCAAAUAAAGAUGCUACACCUGAUGGUAAUCUAUAUGAUAGUACUCAUGGCGCUAAAGUACUUUCAAUGGCUCCUGGUCUUCAAAACCUUGAGAUUAUACCUUUUCGAGUAGCUGCUUACGACAUAAAACAACGGACUAUGGCGUUCUAUGAUCCCGAAAGACAUGAAGACUUUAUAUUUAUUUCAGGAACAAAAAUGCGAAAUUUAGCGAAGUCUGGGGAAAAUCCACCAGAAGGUUUCAUGGCACCCAAAGCAUGGAAAAUUUUAUCAGAAUAUUAUCAACGAAUAAAUAACAAUUAAUACUUUAUCGAUUGGUUACGAUUAGAUUUAAAAUAAGCUAUUUCUUCAACGUAUUUAUAUAACAUCAGUUUUUCGAUAUUUUUUAAUAACAAAAUAUAAUAUUACUUAAUAUUCCUAAUAAAGAAGCACUAUAACUAUUUAUUAUCUAAGAUAAGAUCUAACUGAAAUCGAAUUAUAGAUUUACUAGAAGAGUAUUAUCGUUUCUAUAUUUAAAUUACUUAAUCUAUAUUUUUAUAGAGACGAG